AUGCCAUGUGAAGAACUGUUUUGUUAUUUAAAGUUAAUAACCAUGGACGAAAGGAGGGUAGCAGAUUACUUUGUCAUUGCUGGUUUACCCGGGCAAGACAAUGACUUUGAUAGUGAUAAUGAAAAUAAUGAAAAACUAGAAGAUUGGUACCAAGAAGGAACACAUGUCAAAGACAUGAAUAUGAAACCUCCUAUUACUGAUCUUGCAAUUAUAUUCCCAGCAUUGGGUGAGAAAUGUCCAGAAGGAUAUGUUUUGUUAGAACAUACAGUUUCAGGCUUACCUGCUGAUUUAAAUCAUGGAAGUUUACGAACAAAUGAAUGUUAUUUGUGUUAUCGACGAGGACGUGACAAACCACCCUUAGUUGACAUAGGUGUAAUAUAUGAUGGCAAAGAACGUAUAAUGCAAGAUGCUGAAAUGAUAUUAGAAACUCCCAAAGGACAUUUAGCUAAUGUGAAUAACUCAACUUCAAGAAUAUUUGUGACAUAUAGACGUGCAAGUCGUAAAAUGCCAUGCAAUUCAUUAGUCGUGACUGAUGUUUGUGUAAUCUUAACAAAUAAAGGAGAGACUCCCCCACAUGCAUUCUGUGUCAUUCAUAAAAAUUUGAACAAAGGCAUGUUGGGUAGUGAUGUAUUUCUGUGCUAUAAGAAAUCCAUGAAUCGAGCAAAUUUAAUAUCAUUUAAACCUGCAAUACUAUAUAAAUAUCCAAUGGCUGAUUACAGCAGUUUUGUCUUCCCAAAUUCUGUUGCAAUGUUUUGCUUACCAAUGGGAGCAACAAUUGAAUGCUGGCCCAAAGUGGCAUGUAAACCUAAACCAGUGUUUUCAACAUUUGUUUUAACAGUUGCUGAUGCAGCUCAAAAAAUAUAUGGUUCAGCAAUAACAUUUUAUGAAGAACUUGAAUUAGAAUUAGAUAUAUCAAACUUUAAAGAAAACCAACAAUCAGCUGAUGUACUCAUGGAGAAUAUGAAGAAUUCUGUUGAGCACACUGAAAUUGACUAUCAGCAAUUAAAAACGAAAACUCACAAACAGUCGGGAAUAUUUAAGAAGCUGACUCUAGCGCAGUUGGAAAAGCUGCAGUAUACAAAUUCUGCAACGCAAUCUUUGAAUAUUAGCAAAUCUAUAUGCAUCCUAUCUCAUUGGCCGUUCUUUGAUACGUUUGAAAAAUUUUUAGUUUUCUUACAUGGCAUGUGUAACAACAAACCGCAACAAGUUCCUAUUGAGAAGUAUAUAGCAUAUUUUUUGUACGAUAUACCGUUUCCAAGCCCACAAAGACCAAGAAUUCUCGUGCAGUUAAGUGCUAAGGACAGGUUGAUUUUGACGCAACCAGAAGAUUUAGCACUACCUAGAUCUGGUGCCAGUUUUCGGCAGUUACUUAUCAAUUUAGGGGCUGAUAAUUGUUUACUUAUAUUAUUGCUAAUACUUACUGAACAAAAAAUACUUGUACAUUCGUUACGCCCUGAUGUACUUACAUCAGUGAGCGAAGCUAUAGCUAUGAUACUAUUCCCAUUUAAAUGGCAGUGCCCAUACAUACCUUUGUGUCCUCUUGGAUUAGCCGAGGUUUUGCAUGCACCUCUGCCGUUCUUGAUAGGUGUGGAUUCCAGAUUUUUCGAUUUAUACGAUCCUCCCUCCGAUGUUAAUUGCGUAAAUUUAGAUACAAAUAAUAUAGCGAUUUGCGAUGACAAGAAAUACUUAAAUGUAAAAUUAUUACCAAAGAAAGCAGCUAGACAGCUUAGAAAUUGGUUAGAACACCUUUAUUCAAAGUUGAUUUCUUUGGGAAAAAGCUAUUCAUCCAUGAAAGACACAGAAGAUGAAGAAUUUAGUGUGGAUAAAGAAUUUCAGCAAAAACGAAAGGAACAAGCUUUGGAGCUCGAAAUACAAGAUGCUUUCUUAAGAUUUACUGCUACUAUAUUGAAAGGAUAUCGUGCUUUCUUAUUACCAAUUACAAAAGCUCCAACAGUUGGUUCCACCGAUCCAACUAGUUUAUUCAACAUACAAGCGUUUCUUAGAAGUCGAGACAAGGCACAUGCGAAAUUUUAUAGUAUGUUAGUGAAGACGCAAAUGUUUAUAAGAUUUAUAGAAGAAAGAAGUUUUGUAUCCGAUAUGGACAUGGCGGGUUUAGCUUUUUUUGACGAAUGUACGGAGCGCAUCGAGGAAGAAAAUGUGCCUCUCUUGGAAUUGGACGAAUCUCAACAUAGUGAACGGACAGUAUUUAUACCUCCACCUGAAGCUGGACCUAAUCAAUCGCCGAUAAUAUAUCGCACAUUUAAAUUAAAUCCAGACUUAAUAAGACCACAAAAAAAUUUUAACUUGAGAAAUCCGAAUUUAAGUGCCUUCGGAAUAGUACCAGGAAGUCCUAUGGCACGUAGAACCAAGCACGAAAUCAAGGUGGCGCAGAGGAUGGCGCGUAAACAAGCAGCAAUGCCAGGUAGGUGGGGCAGAUGUCUGCUUGGAACUUGUUACAGUCUUUGGUUUUUGCAUUUACCAGCUAUGUUGCAAGUUUCCAACCAACCCGCUGCAAUUUUACAUCAAGCUUAUGAUUUAUUAGUUAAAAUGCCGAAAUUACAUCUUGAUCCAAUUGAGGAAGUUUGCUAUAGGGCUAUGAUGCAACUGUGCGGCGUUUAUGGACAACCCGUUUUAGCUGUAAAAUUGCUAUUCCAUAUGAAGCGUAGUGGUGUUCAACCAAACGCUCUCACUUAUGGAUUUUAUAACAAGGCUGUACUGGAAGCAACUUGGCCAUCUGACAUGACAAACUCCAGUCAGUUGAUGUGGAAUAAAUUAAGAAAUGCUAUAGUUGGAGCUGCUCUGUUUAAGAGAGCUGGUAAAAGAAGUGCUAGAAGAAGAUUGAGUUCAAAUGCAGAAUUAUUAGCUGUUGAUGGUAAAACAACAAGUAUGGAACAUGCAUUUUCUAGAUCUAGUCUUGACAGUUCUCAUUCUCAAGACACAGAAGCUGCCCACAGUGAUUCUACUAAAGGGAGCUCUGUCUCAGAUUUGCCGGAGUAUGGGCCUUUUGAAAUAAAGAAGCUUCCCCGACAAAAUAGUAUUGUUAAAGAUUCAGCAGUAUUAAAUGUUAUGCAAACAGAAGAAUUGGACAAUUUACAAUUGAGUCAAAGAAUAAUUCGAAAUUUAGAAUCACCGUUGAAAAGUCCUGUUCGUACACCAGUGACAGAAAACGAUCCGUUAGGUGCAUUAAUAAACGACGAAACGCCGAUUGUCUCACCCUCGGAGGAGAAUGACUCAAACUGUUCAACAAAUACUUUGACUGUUUUUAACAAUGUCGAGGAACGACCAGGAGGACCGCUUUUAUUUCGAAGCGCUAUCUUGCCUCGUAGUGCAACAUUUCAUCAAACAGUAGAUGAAAGUGGUGUAGCAAUAGGUGGUCAUUUGCAAAGGAGUGAAACAAUGCCACAUUCUGUUGCGCAGCAAGGCGAGCAAGAUAAAGAAAGAGAAAGGCAAGAAAUAAGCAGCCUUUGGUCUCAAAAGGACAGCGUUACCUCGAGUCUUUCGAGUCUAGGUUCCAGUUUGAAGCUCAGCUUUGGUCCUACUAGUUUAACGGGGAAAAAGUCCAAUGAAAUAAUACUCGGUGGUUUAAAUAGCUUAAAGUCUGCCGCUACGACGGUGGUGAAGAAGUUCGACGAAAUAAAAGAAGCUAUUUCCGCAACAAGUACUCCAGUGAAAUUGAAGGAGCGCGAAUAUAAAAUAACACACGGAGCAUCUCACGAAUCGCUGGAUUCCAUGACAGACGGUUCUUUACAAGACAGAAAUGAACCUCUUAAACAAACUGGUGACGGAAAUCUAGAUCCUUAUACAUUAUACGACUUGGCGGAAUGUUUAUAUCCAAAAGGAUCGAGAGAAUUGGAUGAACGAAUCGCUAUUGAACUCGUGCUAUCCAGUGCGAGUAGAUGUCAUCAUUGCGCCACCAUACUUUAUGACGAAGAAAUAAUGGCUGGUUGGCAACCAGAAGACUCAAAUUUAAAUACUGUUUGCCAGUACUGUGACAAAGCGACAGUACCUCUACUUACUAUAACAAUAUUAGAUUACAGAUGCGAGGAGAAUGAGAAAAAAAGUGACCCGUUAAUGGGAGCUUUAAUGGAAUUAUUGGAUAAGCCGAAAGAAUUAUUAGAACCUAUCACGGUGCCAUACUUGAAUCCUCUAGUUCUAAGGAAAGAACUAGAAAGUGUUUUGAGUCAAGAAGGUGACGCGUGUCUUACUAAACAUAAAUUUAUCGAGGAACAUCCGAUAGUGUAUUGGAAUCUGAUAUGGUAUUUCGAAAGGAGUAAUUUAACAAGUCACCUUCCUGACCUAUGGUUAAACAAUGAUAAGAAGAAAGAACAAAUAAAUUAUAAUGCAGUUGGUGUGAAAACUAUGUGGGAUAAUGAAAGACUUCACAUGGAUCGCUUGCCUAUGUAUCUCCAAUGGAAGCUGAAUAUUACAGAGGACAAAACGUUAAUGCAGUCAGUAAUUACGAACGUUCGUCGAAAUGAUUUAGCGGAACCUAUAAAAAGAGUGGCCUUAGGAAGAAAUAAAAAUCAAUCAACUAAACAACCUCUAUUUUCUAUAUACCGGGAUAUUUUGUUUUUGGCAUUUACAGUUUUGGGGAGAGGGAAUAUUGACCAAGGUGUCUUUGACAGAGAAUACAGUUUAUCUGUAGAAAGAUUAACAGAAAAAGAAGAAAAGCUGUUGUGUAAAAUUGAUGCUCCGCCCUCAAUGAUGUCAGUGUUUUGCAGACAUUACUUUAAACAACUAAGCGUGUAAAGUUAAAACUGAAGGUAUUGAAAAA